AUGUCGGUGCUGUUCACCGAUAACCCAGGGACAAGUCUCGGCCAGGUGUCGAACCUGUCGACGGAACAGUUUGACUUGGAGGAGAGCCCUUCUUGGGUCGACGACCUUUUCCCCAACGCCACCUUCAUCGACUCGCCAACUCACGUCGUUAUUCGCGGCUUUUGCCGCAACUGUUUGGUCGCGAGGAUACCAGUUUUAGGGUGGGUAGAAGUCGUGAAUCACUCACGGAGGCAACAAAUCGAAGCAUUUUCAUGAAUAUCUGACUAGGAGCUUUUUUUUACUGUCAGCGUUUAGCGAUUUUCGAUGAGUUUCGCUGGAAAUUUGUCCGCGAAAUCCCUGUAAUGCCGUGUUCUACCGCGAAAUCAGAAUUAUCUGUCACUUUCCAAAGUUUUUCAUUUUAUUUCUCUGAAGGCUCGUGAAAGCAAUUUCAACACGGCAUGAUCAUUCAGAACUAGCUAUCGAUUGAAUGAAAAUUUCAAAUUAAUCGAAAAAAAGCUAAGUUUUUGCAGAGUACGAUACUGGGACAUGGCGAUAUUAGUGCCGAACGUGCUGUUCAUGGUUUUCCUACUGUGUAAAUGUGCGGCAGUCGUCCGGAAACUCAGAUCCGGAAACUCACCAGUAUUUCGCGCUUUUUUCCUCCUCGUCUACCUGACUACCCUCGUCAACAUUGCCAGAUGCACGCUGAGCAUUGUCAUCAGCGUCACAAAUCCCUUGGAGGAGAUUGUCGAUCGGGUUCGCCUUUCACCUCGUUUCGACCUUGGCUUGUUUAAAACGGUUGAGGACAGUGAGAUAUUGAAAGUUUGAAACAAAAAAACCGGAGCAUAUUUGCGCCUGUUCAGAACUUGAAAUCAUGAAAUCGCGACCGACGUCCAACAGGGUCAUCGCCGUAUGCUUGAAAUCAAAACGUCAGAAUGUGUCAAUAUUUUCCCACUUACUGUCCAAAACUUUGAAAUCACAAUUGGAAAAAAAAGAACGAUUUUUAUGAGUUGAGCUGCUUUUUCUUAUUAAUACCUCGAUUCCAGGCGCUUUGGAUCGGUCUGAAGUACUUUUACCUGACCGCGGAACUCUCGGUUCUAUCGUUUGCUCUGCUUUUCGGCCAUCUGGACAGUGGAACGAGCAUCCGGCGAGCCUUGCUUGCCACCGUCCUCUUCAGCUCCAUUCACACAGCUAUUCAGCUUUUCAUCGAACUCCGACUCUUCGACAAGGUAGUUAGAGGCGGUUGGCACUGUGUACUAUGUCAGGGUUGCACGGAAGAGAAGACCAUUUUGGAAAGAGCAAGAUAAAAGAGGAAAAAAAAUUUUUUUUGCUGAAUCAAAGAGAAAUGUUUUGCGUUAAGCUUCAUUUCGAGAUUUUUCAACGUUUCGUUUCAAAACGGCGUUCAAGCCUUAUUUGAAAGAAACUAAAUUGAAUUUUCUUUCAUAAGUUUUCCAUUAAAAUGGUCAGAAGAAAAAUUAAUUCAUACGGAAAUAGAUAAGCGGAACGGCUUUUUGAACAAAAAAAUCAAUUACUUUUUUUAAAACCCACUUAAACAAUUUUCUUUUUUUCUAUUUUUUUCUAUUUUUCCAGUCGUGGUUUGAUAAUGCCUUCUUCGACGUCCACUCAGAGGGUGGCCUCGUCUUUUGGAUGCUCUCAUCGGCUACCACAGCUUUGGUUAGCUCUCAUAGGGACCGCCCCAUCUGAUUACGUAUAUUACAGGUGUAUAUAUUCGUUUUGUGUCUUCCCCUGACGUGCAUCCGUAAAUACGUCAUAUUGCCAAGUUUGUGUUCCAUAAUUCUCACGUUAUAAAAAAAGAAUGUUUUAGUUUUGAAAAAUUCAAGGUGAUAAACAGGUUUCCUUUUCAACAAGUUUCAUUUUCAAGACCUGUUGGCUGUUAUUUUUCAACAGUGUAUUGAACUCGCUAUUUCUGAGACUCGUUAAAUUUACAGGCAAGGCUUCGUUUUACGUGUACUGCUUACUCCUCAGCCUGCUCAACAUUACUCAGACUAUUGGCGCCAUUUUGCUGUUCUUCAAAUCUAUCGAUGGGUUGUGGUUCGUUUUUUUUUCGCCUAUUUGGAGUUUUGUUUCCAUCUCUAAUUUAUUGACAAGAAUGCUCAUUUCAUUUUGUGGUUGGAAAUUUCUAGAAAGUUGAGAAAGAAAAAAUUUUUGAAAUUGUUGAACGGCGUCAUUCUAUUUCGAUCUCACAUGACUUCAUUUUGCAGUUUGGUCGACUUUUCCACAUACGCAUACUUUUGCUUUUACACACCAUUCGUCUACUUUACGUUCCUACGUCGGUCACUCAAGUGGGCAUUUGGAUUGCUUUCGAUUCCCAUCAAGUCAUCAUUUAGGAAUCCGCCAAAUCACUCGACUGGCAGCAUGUUCAUGUACCGUAAGCAGAAAGACGAGAAUGGCUCUGGCGAUCUGCCAGAUUCCUACUUCCCACGCUUUUCCGGUUAGUUUUUUUCUUCUUCGUAGUUUUUCUCCGGUCUCUUGAGCCAAGUUAAAUACUUUUUCAGGUCUGACUUCACCAUCCUACGACGAUUUGUUUGAUUACGACCGCGAUGCGCGCUUCAUGCACUAUGACAUCACUACUGGGGAAUACCUGCCGGUGAGUUUAUUUUUGAGAUCUUCAUUCAUCCUAAAAUAUUAUGAUGACUCUAACUUUCCCGAUUAUUUUAGCAAUUCUUCCGAAUUGUAAAAAUUGAGUACUUUUCAGAACCCCUACGCGACGCCGUUGAUCAUGUCGUCGGUGGAGAAGGCGGAGAGCACGGUGACGACCCGAACAGGCUCCGACGAGCAGCUCGGCGGAUCGCGCCAUCGCGACUCGGUCCUGUUUGACGGCUCCACCGUCCCACGACAUCUCAAAGGCCUUGGCGCCAACGGCUCGCUUGUCUUCGAGGAGCAGCCCCGCUGGUAUCUUUGA